CCGGAGUUAUCUCCCGGCGCCCGCGCGCAGGUGGUGCCCGACCCCGGCCCGCGGCUGUUCCGCCGAUCCAGGCGGCGACGGCCGCUACAGUGGCGGCCCGCGGCGUCUCGUCCCAGUUCCGCGGCUCUGGGCGCAGUGGUGCCCGCGGCUCCCGACAUCAUGACGGCCCAGAGCCAGUCGACGGCGGGGUCAUCGCCUUUUUACACAGUCUUCCGUCACGUGCGGUACGAGAACCUGGUGGCGGGCGUGAGCGGCGGCGUCCUCUCCAACCUGGCGCUGCAUCCGCUCGACCUGGUGAAGAUCCGCUUCGCGGUGAAUGACGGACUGGAACUGAGACCAAAUAAAGGAAUAGUACAUUGUUUGACCACUAUUUGGAAAGUUGAUGGACUACGAGGCCUUUAUCAAGGAGUAACUCCAAAUGUGUGGGGUGCAGGUUUAUCUUGGGGACUCUACUUUUUCUUCUACAAUGCCAUUAAAUCGUAUAAGACAGAGGGGAGAACAGAACGGCUAGAGGCAACAGAAUACCUUGUUUCAGCUGCUGAAGCUGGAGCCUUGACACUGUGUAUUACAAACCCAUUAUGGGUAACAAAGACUCGACUUAUGUUACAGUAUGAUGUUGUCAGUGCUUCACAGAGGCAGUACAAAGGAAUGAUGGAUGCACUUGUAAAGAUAUAUAAAUUUGAAGGUGUACGUGGAUUGUACAAGGGAUUUGUGCCUGGGCUUAUUGGAACGUCACAUGGAGCACUUCAGUUCAUGGCAUAUGAACUGCUGAAAUUGAAGUACAAUACACAUAUCAAUAGAUUACCAGAUGCACAGUUGAGCACAGUAGAAUAAUCAGUUGCAGCAAUGUCAAAAAUAUUUGCUGUGGCAGCAACAUACCCAUAUCAAGUAGUGAGAGCCCGACUUCAAGAUCAACACAAUUUUUACAACGGUGUACUUGAUGUGAUCAAGAGAACAUGGAGGAAAGAAGGCAUCAUUGGAUUUUAUAAAGGAAUCCUCCCUAAUUUGAUUAGAGUGACUCCAGCCUGUUGUAUUACCUUUCUAGUGUAUGAAAAUGUCUCCCAUUUUUUACGUAGUCUUAAAGAAGAGCAAGUUUAAAGAAGAUAACACAAAAAUAAGCUGCUACAAAGCAACAUACUCCUUAGCUCUUGAAAUACAAAACAUGGAAGAAAUAGUGCACAGCAACAUUAUUCACCAUUCAAAUCAACCUCGAACUAUUGAAAGAAUCAAAAAGCUGACGAAUCUUCCCAAGUUUUCUGCUUUUGCUCUCAUUUAUCUAUGUGACUUGGCUGCAUUUGCCUAGAAUAGCUGCCGUCAAAACGAUAUUAAAACUGACAUGAAGCGUAUAGCUCAGUGAGUCUGUCCAUUUCAUUGUUCAAAUAGAAGCUGAUUUUGCAACAUUUGUCUAGUGGAUUAGAGGGAUUUGCCUUUACUGCUAAACCGAACUGUGUAGAUUGGUUUUUAAAUCUGCUUUUGUGCAAUAGUAAGUUUUCUUCCUUGCAAGGAUGCAUGGUGGCAUAUGUGUAAUAGUUCACUUUUAAAGAAUCAAUUUCAAACUUUAGAAGUUUUGCUGAAAAAGUACCCAAAAUCAGUAUAUCGGAAUCAGUGGACAGUGAAACAAGCAUUCUUAGGCAAUUUGCACUCUGGUGAGAUUCCAUACCUCUCUCAGGAUUAAGGAGUGAGUGGAGUCUGUAUCUAUUGUGAUAGUAAUUUUCCCUACUAAUUUAAAGUUUAAUUCCAGAUCCAAGUUUUCUGAAAACUGGCAUUAAAUAUAUUUUUGAUUUUGCAAACCUCAUUGUGUUCCAAGAUUAAGAGUGUCUCAGUCUUUCUUUAAUAUAUACAUACCAUUUAAAAGAGAUGCUUACGGAGUCCCUUUGCAGAUUCAGAAGUUAUGUUACUUGGCAGGUUGAUUAUACACAAACUGGAAAACAAUCUUCCCACUUACACUGAUAACUUGUCUGGAUGCCACUCAUUGGUCAAAUUCAUGUUUUAGAUACGAACUGUACCUAUGUCCCUCAUUGAUUUUGUUUUUAUGAGGCAAUGCAGGAGCGGCUUAAAUAAAAAGAUACUUCCUUUUCCCUAAAAUGUUGAAAUAGUAAUUAUAUUUUUAUUUAUCUUAAAUACCUGUGACUGCUAUUGCACUACCAUCUGUUUCUUGUAAAUAAAACAUUGCAGUUUUCAAAGCCAUAUUUAAAUGGUUCUCUGAAAAUGUAUCUAUUUUUACAUUUUGAAUGGUAUUAUGUUUUUCAAAUAAAGAUGA